AUGUCAAAGAUAUUUCUGGUAGCGGGAGACAUACCAAUGCAGAUGGCGAUCAACGCAGGCCUUGGGCAAGACACCUGGAUGGUCGCCCCCGAUGACAUUACGAAAAUCCUGCUUAUUUUCUUCAUCGAAGAGAUCUUCUACAUCAUAGUCAUAUGCGCAACGAAGAUCUCGAUCAUCAUCUUCUACUUGAGAAUCUUCUUCGAGCCGUGGGUGCGGAAAGUAUGCCAUGCUCUCUUCGCAGGCACCAUUGUUUUCGGUACAGCAUACAUGUUCCACGCUGUGUUUGCCAACCAACCGAUCAGCUACAGUUGGACGUUCUGGGAUGGUCUUCACGAAGGAACGGUAAGCAAAAUCGAAGAACCAGGCAUCUGGAUACUCGUUGUCUUCGCCAGCGUACUGCUUUCACACCGGUUUCCGGGGCUAACAUUCACACAAAAGCGCGGCAAUUUGUUACUCAUCACCUUCCUUUACAGCGGCAUCAAUAUUGGACUGGACCUGACCCUCAUUCUUCUUCCCGUCACACAGUUCUUCUCUGUUUCAUGGACAUUGAGGAAGAAGAUCGGCACAAGCCUGAUAUUUCUCGUCGGCCUAGUCGUAACUGUAGCUAGCUGUAUUCGUUUGAGCACCGUCCUUAUUUUCGGAGCCACACCCAAUCCAAUGUACGACUUCAAAUCUCUCUGCAUAUGGUCCUCGGUCGAGAUUCAUCUGAGCGUUGUCUGCGCCUGUAUGCCAGGGAUGACGGCCCUGGUCCGCCGAGUCUCGUUUCGCCGCCGACAAGUAUCUGCACCGCAGCGACCACGCAAUCUAUACCCGGCGGCGAACCACUCUUUCCCUCGUCAGCGAAGCCGGUUUUGGUGGGGUAUCACAACGACGGGCCAUCGAGGAUAUCACAGUGUCCCGGGUAGUCUAGAGCUUCAAACCGAGAGGGGGGGCUCCCGGGGAGGAACGGUCCACCUUGACCCCCGAGCAAACAACACCGCAGCGCCGCGUAGUACAACUAUUGCUUCCCGCACAAAAGCUGACGACAUAGAUGUUGAGGCUGCGACGAAUGAGAGCACACUGAAGACAGUCUGA